AGAACACGCCAUCAUGUCUUCACUACAUGAACAAUUAACCAGGUCUGAGCUGUUCAGCUUAAGGGGUUUCGCCCUUGCAUCUGGACUGACUCUUGCUGCUGCCAUCACAUAUUCUACUUACAUUGUAAUAUACAACCUCUUCUUCCAUCCCCUCAGGCACAUCCCCGGCCCACUGUUUGCACGAGCCUGUCCCAUUCCUUACGCCCUCGUCAUACGAAAAGGCACCAUCAUUCCGUGGCUAAAGGCACUACACGACAAGUAUGGAGAGGUUGUACGAAUGAGUCCAGGCCAAGUUUCAUUCAUCUCGGGCGAGACUGCAUGGCAAGAUGUUCAGGGCUUCCGCACGGGAAAGUCUAAAGACAGUAGCCUUUUCAUGAGGGAUACUAAUUGGGCUCCCGCCUCGCUCAAUGGAACGACAUCAAUUUUCGCAUCUAACGGCGAAUUGCACGCGCGCCUGCGACGCAAUGUUGCCAGUGGUUUUAGUGUAUCGGCUCUCCGCUUACAAGAAUCUCUCAUUCUUGAGUAUGCUGACCUUCUCGUGUCGCGACUACGCGAGGUCAGCACUGAGGGGGCCGUCGAUAUGGUGGACUGGUACAGCUUUACCGCCUUCGACAUCAUCGGUGACCUCAUCUUCAGUGAACCUUUCGGCUGCCUCCGCGAUGGCAAAGGUCACGAGUGGGUCCCAUUCGUCUACAACGGCGUCAGCAAUCUUCCCAAACUGUAUACCGAGAAGGUGUGGGCGAUAUUCAAGUGGUACGACACGCUCCGUAGCAUUUUCGAAGACCAGGAAAAGCCGCUUAGAACGCGUCUUGCCUUGUUAGCCAAGUCCCAAAAGAAGGUCAAUGAAUGCAUCGCAAAGGUUGAAAAGGGUACCGACAAGAGAGUAGAAGCGAGUUUUUUCGCAGGCGUCAUUAGGAAGGAAGGCACGGAAAGAGGUCUAACACGAAACGAACUCGACACCGUCGCCAUGGGCUUCCUCGGCGCAGGCAGCGAAACAACAGCCACCAUCCUCUCCGGCGCCACCUACAUGCUCCUCAUCAACCCAGACAAGUACGAGAAAAUCGUGCACGAGAUCCGUACGGCGUUCUCGUCGACGGAGGAAAUAACUAUGGAUGCGGUAAACAAACUCGAGUACCUCAUUGCCGUUUUCCAAGAGAGCUUUCGCAUGUAUCCCCCUGUUUCCACUGGCAUCCCUCGUGUCGCACCCCCGAGCGGCGCAGAGGUCUCAGGCUACUAUGUUCCCGGCGGUACAAAUGUGCAUAUCCCACAGCAUGCGGCCAACCUAUCGACGCGCAAUUUCAAGGAUCCAGAGAAAUUCGUGCCGGAGCGCUGGCUGGGCGACCCCAAGUACAAGGAUGACAAGUUAUCGGUUAUGCAGCCGUUUGGUAUGGGACCGACGGUUUGUCUGGGUAAAAAUCUGGCGUAUGUCGAAAUGCGUGUUAUUCUUGCAAAGUGCCUCUUUGCUUUCGACAUGGAGCUCGACGAGAGUGUAAAGUCUGAGCAUUGGAUCAACAAGCAGCGUCAGUUCUUCCUGUGGGAGAAGCCAGACUUAAAUGUCAGAUUGACGCCUGUGAAACGCUAGGUUGGGGUGUUAGAUUGGAUAUAUGGUGUAUGGUAGACAGAAGUGGGAGCCUAGAGAUUCCGUUUGGGCAUCUUUAGAGGCUGGAGAAUUUGCCAAGGUUAUUUUCUUUGUUGUUUUAGUCCUUUUGUGAUGUUAAAAUUGGGCUUAUUCUGGCAAUGUUAAGUAUCUUGACCAAUAUACUAAUUCACUC